CGCAAAACUGCAAUCGUACGCGUGCUAUGGUGCGGUGAGCUUGCUCUGUAUAAACUGUAUAAAAGCGGCGUCGAAAAAGUUGGACCGCGCAUGCUUGUUCGGCCGUUGAUCGCAGCUCUUCCAGUCUCUGGUUUGCUUUAACAUUGUCUGUACUUGCACUCUGUUUCCAUUUUCUCUUUUCACCAAGGGCCCAGCGAUCUUCCGGACCGGGCAAAAAAUAUUAGACGUGCGUUACUGAAGCGUCUUGCGACGCGGCGUGGGCGUGUUUCGCAGACGUAGAUUUGCCAUGUGGUUUUGUGGGAAUGGAGGCGGUUUGCAAGGCGGUGAAGGAUAUUGCUACUUGGUUGUGGCAGGUUUCACAGAAUUCAUGGUCGCCGUCAUCAAGUGGCCUGCGUUGAGUUCUUUUCAGAGCGGAAAAGGAAUCCGUGACUACGCACACGGUAACAUAGUGUCGGCUCUGAGAUGAGCGUCAACUAUAUUGUGUUACAAGCACAUGUUCAGGUGUUCAGAGCCUCAAGUGAAGCUCCGAUUGACAUGACUUUUCUGAUAAUCGGUUCAGCACCUUCAGUCCAACUACCAUCGCCCAAAAAGGAGCAAACGGUACACAUCAGGUCAAGCAGCUUUUGCAGAAUCUCAAAGCAUUAUUUCACAAUGGAACGGCACACAAUCUUAAAGCGUCCGCUUUUCCUCGUAUGCUCCCCUCGGAACCUGUACCUCUUCCUAUUGCUUGCGGCUGUAUUCUCACCGUGCACAGUGCAUGAUAAGCAUCAAACGAGAUCGGUAUAUUCGGUUCUUCGGAUAAUAUGGGGCCUGAAUUUUGUCCGAGCUGCACGUCCGGUGGAAAAAGAUGACAGCGGAGAGGACGGUGAAUGGCUGGGGGAUCUGGGAGGCACAAACAAUCUUCUGCUUCCUGGUGCCAGGGCAACUCAAAUGAACAAACCUAAGGUGGUUGCAAAGCAGAAACGAGUGGGAGAGGGAAGCAAGUCUACCACUCCUAAAGCUCUUCAGGUGGCCAAGCCAGGUUGGAAGGCCUUCUAUGACAACGCGAAGAAGAAGCUCUUCACGGGUACUGUGACAAACACUGCCAUCUGGUCGGCGAUAGUUGUCGCCGUUACCAUGUUUGUGACGUUCGGAGCAUAUCGAUCUCUAAACAGAUUUAGGGAUACCCGCUUUGAACAAAUGGAUCACGAACUCAGCGACCUGCGGGCCCGCCGGGAAGAACUGGCCCAACAGAACCCGAGGGAGCGUUUUAUCGAAGCCGCAGGGAUGGAAAAGCAGCAUGCCGAGGCCCUCAGGGAUAUCCUGGAAACAGUGCGUCGUUCUCCAGGCUCCGCUGAAUUACUGUUACAUCCAGGCAUUGAAGGUGAUAGUGACCUCGCACUGGCUUCUCUGGUAAGCAUGUUCAGUGUUGCUCCUUCUUGCGAUUGCUCGGUAUCUUGUGGAACUGUGUGAAAGGGGAACGUUCUUUCAUUUCAGCCUCAUGGUUCUUCAUUUCACUUUUACGUCAAGGAGCUUCUGUCACUUUUUUGGAGACCGCUUUCAAAUUGCUUGUGGUUUUACUUUCAUCGAGGCCAGGGUGUUGCACUUUCGCUUACCACCAGACGUUUUGUCUCUGAGUGGCAUUACACAGCAGCUUCAGUGAAACGUGUUUGGCAGCCGAGCAUCUGCAUGGUAUACACUCCAGCUAUUUUCACCUCGUAGAAUUUCUUCUGACUUGAUUAUGUUUGUGCCAAAUGUUUGAUUUUCGCGGUGUUCUGUUUUCAACUUGAAGGAAGAUAUUCAGGCGUCUCAAUGGAACUAGAGAAACAGCCAGGUGAGAUCUACAGACCAGGCGAUCCGCCACUGGAACCCAUUGCUGCACUGCAUUUGUUGCUAUUCGCGCGUGGCACCGCAACACAACUUCUUCUUGGGGAGAGUAUGCAGUUGCUGUUGCAGCAAGGAACCGACCAGUAGUCGAUGUCUGUUUACGUUUUAUGACAUUGUGAAUGUCUUUCAGAGCACCCACGCGAAGCCUCGAAAGUACAGUCUCCUUCCACGUGGGAAAUGGUACAUAGGGUCGUGCAUGCUAAAACCAUCUGCCUCCACUGACACUGGGACACUGUUGUCCAUGUAUCUUCGUUCAUUCUCUCCACUUUCACGCUUUCAACGAGGGCUUUGAGUGAUUAGUGUUGGAAUCGUGCUAUGCUAGCUCUUCGCAGUGACGCAGACGUCUUUCUCAAGAUCUGCGAGAAGGAGAAUCUGUCAACUGCAUCUUCCGCUCCAGCUUCAUGCCGGCAAUGGAAGCUCACAGUAAAGCCUCAUCAGCUUCAGGUGGAUGUGUUUCAGUUUGAAUUAUAUGCCAUCUGUGGUGAAGCGAGCGGAUAGACUAGGAGCGUAGACGAUUCGCAUAAUAUUGGACAAUGAAAUGCCAUAACCAUUCUCCGCUUAUCAGGGGUAGUCAACUCACUCGCACAGGUACAAUAUUUAGUCAGAGAAAGCUACACACUCAACAGAUGGACCAAGCAAAUUAGUCAUUGCGUUACUUCCUUGUUCCCCUGUUUCCCCGAUUUACAGGGUAUGCCACAGUAUUGAAAGACCGAGAAGGCUACAGACUGACACACACUGACGGAGGUGAAAUUGCAGAGUCGUUCUCUGGAGUGACGGCAGACAUACUGUUAAUGGAAUCACUUC